AUAAUCUCGCAUUUUAUUUGCAUUCCAUUAUUUUAACGAUGAAUUUGACGAAGCUGGCGUUAGCAAAAAAGCAAUGCACUCGUAUGCUCGUAUAUUAGCCCUCAGUGUCCGUUGAAAUAUCAGUUUAAUGAUUGCAUUUGAUGAGUUAGGCGCGGCUCGAACCGUUGCGCUCGAAAGAUUGUGAUUUACAACGGAGCUUAAAAUGUCGCAACUUGCACGACUACUUAUCGCCUUCCUGGCUGCUUUUUGUUAUGUUACCACGGCCAAAUAUGUGCCUGGUAUCUCCUACAUCGACGACGUGCAGCUCUCUUACAACAAUGGCACUUGGCAAUGUGAUCGCAUCACCUGUAAGGCUCGUGCCCACGGCUGUAAGAUUACCAUACGGAACAACCCCAAUAAUGAGAGUGAGUUGAUACGAUCGAGCGCUUGCUAUACCAAGGAAGGCGUCUCCAUGCGCCAGCUCAGCCAAACUCAACGCAUGCUGAAGCCAAAAACUGUCAAUAUCGAUGUAGAUUCAUACGUGGGCGCUCAGUCGGUGUAUACCUCGGCGUAUAGUUUGUCCUGGCAGGAGGUUAAGGGUACGAUAGCAGCUGAGGAUUGGCCCAAUGCACAGAAAGAUACCAGAGCAAGUAUGAAAGCUGUAGAUGAGUCGCAUGGUUAAUUCGAAAAUAUAUUUAAUUAAAUAAUAGCUUGGUAAUUAAAAAUAAAUAAAUUCAUAAUGAACGAUGCCUAAAAGAGAAAUUGAAUAAUUUCACUGCCAAAGUAAUGAAGCUGAUUUAAAAAGAAUUGGGUAUCAAGAAACGCUUAGAAGAGGGUAAACAGUUUGGGUAAAAGGCAAAUGGUAAAAACUAAUCGAAAGGAAGAAGGCGUAUGAGGACAGUAGAGCUCUGAACUCUGCAAGUGCAGUCCUCUUUUUAGGAAGUUCCACCUUAUUACUCCGACCUCUAGUAAUAAAUAAAAUAUUAUAUAUAAUAUAUUCUUUUGAUGUACACCUUCCUACAUAGACUUAUAAUAUGCUCAUAUACGUUUAUGUGUGUAGGUAUGUAAUACGUUCAUACAGUAAACACAUGAGUACAUACGAGCCGCUCAGUGGACACAUUGAUUAACUCCAUAAAACGAAAAGUUGAGAAAGCGAUGAUGAAAUGCUUUCAUCUAACGGUAUUUAAAGUUAAUAUAUAAUAUCAGACACAAUGUAACUGAAACGAUGAUUUACAUUAGGGUAUGGAGGGGUUCGAAAUGGCUUCUGGAAUAAAUUACUUAUUAAUCAAUGGCCAAAAAAAAUUUGCCAUUUAACGGUGCUAAUCUUUACUAUUCAGGAAAGUUAUUGUAAAUAUAAAAAGUUAUGACUUGCCAAAGGCUCUGGCACUAAAAAUUAAGAUUUUUCAAAUAUAGGAGUUAAUCGAUGUGCGCACUGAGUGGCUCAUAUAUACAUACAUAUGAGUAUAUUUGAUUACAUUAGGCUUUCUUUCAUUUUUUGCAUUCCAUCGUAAGCUGAACGAUAUAUACAUAUAACAUAUCGCCCACUUGAGCAAGAAAGAUCACAAAUCAAAAUUUUUCCAAAUCUGUGUUUCCUCAGAAACCAGUACAUAGAACACAUCUCUGAUGACCGUACACAAAUUCUUUUGAAUCACUAACUUCCUUAACUGGAAAAACACCGUUAUGCCUGUUUUCAUGUUGAUCACGUCACUUGAAAAUCGCCUACUAUUUUUUGCUUCUUCUGAACAAUUGAGUUUUUUUUUUGAGUUGUGGCGUUUCUUAAUUUAGUUUACAUAUAUAUGUAUAUAUACAAACAAACAUACAUAUUUGUUAGGCGCUUGUAAUUGAUAGGUAUGAGCAAUUAUUUACAUACAAGCACUUAGAUAACCUUAGAUUCGAAUAAAUAUAGCACAAAAAUGAAUAUAAAAUUGUAAAG